AUGCAACCAUCUUUUAGGUGGAAAGCAAAGAAACUACUGUUUUCAUUUCCUCGUGAUUUCAUUGUUGUUCCUUAUCACAAUUUUAACAAAGACCCUAAAUGGUUUGGCCAUUGUAAGCUGCUGAUUGUUCCAACAGCCACCUUACAAACAAUAAAGAUCAUGACCUUCUAUUGCCUUGUAUUUCUCAGUUUGAUCUUUCCUUUGGCAUCUAUCUCUGCCCAAGUUUCUUUAUGCAACGAGGAUCUCUCUUUCGCAACAAUGGUUAGAAAAAAUCAGGAGUGGCAAGUUGACACAAAUUUGGUAGAUAUGGAGGAGCACCAGAUGCAAGAUACUUCAGUUCAGAGCUCGGAAAGUGGAGCAACAGCGGGCCUUAGACCAUGGAAGGGUCGUAGCAACUGGCGUCACCAGCAUCACCUAAAGAAUAUGCAUGGGAUUCUAAACAUCUUCGGAUGGGGGUUUCUAUUGCCCACUGGAGCAAUCGUUGCAAGAAAUUUCAGAAAUUUUCCUUUGAAAUGCGAUGAAUGGUACCAACUUCACAUACUAUGUCAAACUUCUGGCUACAUAGUGGGUACAGUUGGAUGGGGCAUUGGCAUAUGGUUGGGGAAUUCAUCCAAACAGUACACUUUGAAGGCACAUCGCAUCUUAGGAAUCAUUAUAUUUACAUUUGCAACUCUACAAUGUGUGAUUCAGAUGUUAGCCCUGUGUUUACAACCGAAGAAAGAAGAUGCAUUUUGCAAGUGCUGGGAGAUAUACCAUCAUCUUCUAGGGUAUGCACUGAUUGUUCUAAGCAUAGCAAACACAUUUGAAGGGAUCAGCACUAUCCAAAGCCAUGCUGCAGAGAAAUGGAGGUGGAUUUAUGUGGGAAUGCUUAUAGUUUUAGUUUCAACAGCUGUAGCAUUGGAAACAUAUAGGUGGAUCAAGUCCAAAAAUCAACAGCAGAUGGCAUUUGAUGAGAACCAAAUAUAUGGUUCAUCAGAACAAAUUUAAGUCUCCUUUUUGCGUUUCUUUUUCAAUUGCGUUGGUCUGAUUAAAAACUGAGAGGACUCUACAACAGGAAAACCGGAAACAGGUCCUUCAUUACUCUUGCUGAAGUGGUAAAGUUUUUGUUUUGGUGGAAAUGCUUCAGAGCUUCAGCUUUGGAACUAUACUUUGAGAAAUCUAAUCGGGGUUCGUGUGAUGUACCAAUUUAAUUGAAUGUAAACUAGAAAUAUAUGUGCUUGCUACAUGAAAUGAACAGAAAAAUCUGAGGCAAAGAAAAAAAAUGUAAUUAAAAUUAUUAAACUAAUGGAAUGAAGAUAAUACUAUUGAACUCAAAUUGU